CACCGUCCACACCCACAGUGCCCACUUCAAGGUGGACCUGGACGUAACAGGACUAGAGAACUGGGUCUGGGCUGAGGACAUGUCCUAUGUCCCCACGGCGGUCCCCUGGAGCCAUGAGCACCAGAUGCAGAGGCUGCAGGUGACCCGCAAGCUGCUGGAGACUGAGGAGCAGGCCGCCUUCCCCCUGGGAGGCUCCGCACCCCGCUACGUGUACCUGGCCAGCAACCACAGCAACAGGUGGGGUCACCCGCGGGGCUACCGCAUCCAGAUGCUCAGCUUUGCUGGGGAGCCACUGCCGCAGAACAGCUCCCUGGAGAGAGCCUUCAGCUGGGGAAGGUACCAGCUGGCCGUGACCCGGCGGAAGGGAGAGGAGCCCAGCAGCACCAGCAUCUACAAUCUGAAUGACCCUUGGACUCCCACCGUGGACUUCAGUGACUUCAUCAACAACGAGACCAUUGCAGGACAGGACUUGGUGGCCUGGGUGACGGCUGGUUUCCUGCACAUCCCACAUGCAGAAGACGUUCCCAACACGGUGACGGUGGGGAACGGUGUGGGCUUCUUCCUCCGACCCUACAACUUCUUUGACCAGGAUCCUUCCUUCGAUUCUCCUGAUUCUGUCUAUUUCCGGGGGGACCAGGAUGCUGGGGCCUGCGAGGUCAAUCCCCUGGCCUGCCUUCCCCAGGAUGCAGCCUGUGCCCCCGAACUCCCUGCCUUCUCCCACGGGGGCUUCUCUCACAACUAAGGGGGUCCCUGGGAUGGGCAAUGUGGCCAGGGGCCCCAGGCCCAGCGUGUGUGGGGAGGGGAGCAGUGGGCACUGGGCCAAGCAGCCUGGUACCCUCUUCUCCUUCCUUCCACCCCUGAGUUCCCCGCCUCUCCUUCCCCCAGACCCCUCUGUAGGGCCCUCCCUGACACCCCCUCCCUGCUGGGAGCAUCCUGAGCUUGGGGGAGGGGCAGAGACACAACUCAGCUUUGUUGGCCCCAGACCUGCUGCGUUCCUGGACCAGAUAGAAUGGCCAGUGAAGCCUGGACUGAUGGCCACUCUUUUCCCAGAAGAUUCAUAUUUCUUCUAACAGUU